AUUUCAACUUUUUUUCCCUCAAAAAUAACCCCCCCAAAUUUAUUUUUUCAAUCUAUAUAUAGAAACUAAAUUAUCCACCUUAUUUUAAAAUUUUAAAAUUUCCCUACACGUCUUACCUACUUAGUGUCUUUUUUGGUGAAAUCUUACUCUCCUUAUAGUUGUACAGCUUUAUCUGCAACUUUCUUUGGUGGUUUCUUAGUGACAGUUUGGUGGGUGGUGGUGCCACUAUGUCUUCAGGAAUAUGUUCACAAAGUGGUCUGGUGUUAGCUACUGCUAUGGUUGUCUCCAGCACUGUGAUUUUCCUUACUUUUUCGAGGCAAAAGGCUUUGCCUCCUCCUAAGCAAACUCUUCGUCCUUGCAUCUCUUCAGAGGGGAAGAAAAGGGAUAAAAAGAAGAAGAAAGUGCAGUUCGCUGAGAAUGUGAAGGAAACAAAUGGGAAUGGAGAAGAGUAUAGGAAAGAACAACGAAAGAAGAUAAUGGCGGAAGCAGCAGGUGCAAGGUCAGCAGAAGUUGAUAGAUUUUGCAGAAAUGAAAUGCCGCCUAACAGGAUUGCUUUAUAUAAUGGAAUUCUCAGGGAUCGUGUUCGUUUCCAUAGAAUGGAGAGUUCUUAUUGAUUUUUAACUCGCUUCUAAAUUUUGGAAAAAAAAAAAUGUUUCAUUUUUUUAAUAUAAAAAAAAUCACUUUUGUAGAAUGUAAGUAAUGAAAAUGUCGGGCAAAAAUAUAUUACUGUUGUAAA